CUUUAGGAUUCACGAUGGUUGGUUGAAGGUUGGCUAACUGUUUUAGUUAUACUCGUUCUAGUGGAAUUCAAGGAUUAUUAUAUUCACUUUCCCAAUAAUCAUUAAUUUGAAUUGUUUUUUUUUUAACUUGUCAAGACCUGUUUAAAUAACUUUGUAGGAAGACAUUUAAAAUGAUUUAUCUAGACAAAACCCAAAUCAAACCUCUCCUGACAUGGAAGGAUACCCUUAAAGCGACCGAGGUAGCAUUGAAAGCGGCUUCAACAAAACAAUCCGUAAUACCACCGAGAGUCUUUUCGAACGUAUUUAAUACCCCAAAAUGGAUGCUUACCAUGUCAGGCUACCUGGAAGACCCCCUAUAUGGUGCAUGGGUGGUGAAAAUAUUAACCGGAAAUCCUAAUAAUGCUCUGUUGCCACAUCCCCUGCCAACGUUAAAUGCCAAUAUCGUAUUGUUCGACCAGGAAACGGGAGAAAUUAAGGCGCUAUUAGAUGGGACGGAAAUAACGAGCUGGAGAACCGCUGCUGCUUCAGCAGUGGCCACCAAAGUAAUCCACUCAGCAGCGGCAAAAUCCCAAAAAAUUUUAUCAAUUUUUGGUUGCGGUGAGCAAGGAAGGGCUCAUGCUUAUUGCUUCUAUCACUUAUUUACUUUUGAUGAGAUUCGUCUUUGGAAUAGAACCACCCAAAAAGCUGAAAAUUUUGUCCGAGACUUGAACAAGGAAUUCAACACAACGAAAUUCAAAUGUAUUCGGGAAAAGGAAGAUUGUGCCAGGGGUGCUGAUGUUAUUAUUACGACUACAAAUCCCGGCAACGAACCUAUAGUCAAGUAUCAAUGGCUGAAGAAGGGUGUACAUAUAAAUGCUGUGGGAGUAGUUGGUUCAGGUCCGGAAAAAACUUUUGAACUCGACGAGGAAACUUAUAAGAACUCCCAGGUGUUCGUGGAUAGUUGGGAGGGAGCCAACAAGGAACUCACCGAAUUAAAAGCGAUUGGAACCGAUUUAAAAGCCGAAGUUGGUGAAGUUAUUUUAGGCAAAGUUUCACUUCCGGUUAAGGAUAAAAUAACCGUCUUUCAAAGCUUAGGUAUGGCUUCAGAGGACUGCGCUAUGGCCAGGAUGAUAUACGAUUUGUAUUGUGCAAAAUUAAAACAAUAAAUAAAUGUUUUAUACACGCA